CUCAUUUAUUUAAUUUUAUCGAACGAGGGUGAGAGUGUGAUGAAGGAAAGGCCUUCUCCUCUUAAACUCGAAAACGGACGGUUACUGUCCGUUUCUCUUCUCUACCACUCUUUCCCCUCCACCAUUGAUUUCAUAGCUUCAAGGAAGCAGGUUUUGUGAUUUGGGUUCUUUGGUGCACGGCUUUGGGUUUAGACAGGGUUUCCAUGCCUCUCCUUAAAAGAAAGCCAUUUCCCCAGGUGCAACCACCGCAGGAUUUGAAUCCAGAUGAGCCUGUUUUCCAAGUUCGCUUCACAAAAGAGAUAUUCAGGGACUACCAAGAAUAUGUGAACCGUAUAAAUCUGUAUCGUCAGCGGGUGUGGACAUGUAAUGUUACUGGGAAAACAAACUUAACUUAUGAAGAGGCGUUGGUCUCAGAGAGGCGUGCGGCUGAGAAAGUUCAACAGUUCCCAAAAGAGCUAAUGGCACCUGUGUUGCGUAUUGUGCAAUUCAGCACCCUUAGGCUGAAAGAUCUUAUCAGCACAAUAUUUACAAGGUUGCAGGGACAUUUGUUAGAGGGUGAAGAGUUGUAUGGAAGGAAGGAUCAGUCUGUUUGCCCAUGCAGAAUAUUGAAAAUUUUAGAGGAUGCUGACAAUACCCAUUAUGAAGUGGGUUGGCUUGACAAAAAUAAGAAAGUCACUGGAGUUUCAACAGUAAAUGCACUUAAUCUGAUAAGGAGAAAGCUUCCAUUUAGUAGAAACCUGCUAAAGUCUUUUAUUAGGGAAUCCACUUCUCAAAGUGCUCCAUGGGUGGUACACGAUAAUUUAGCAAGGAAGCAUGGGAUCUUGACUGAACCUCCAGAAGGUUUAAGAGACAAAAUUUUCACCAAUGGGUGUCUUUGCAGCAAUGAACGAAGACAGGAAAACAAGUCAGGCAGGGAUAACAUCUCGGAUGCUGAAAAUGGAAAAUUCUGGAAGAAAACAAAAAAACAAGAAAUCAUGAGCUCUGAUGCCCCAGAGACUGCGGGGAAAAAGGCAAGAGAAGAAGAAGAUAAGCCAAAGGAAGAACCGAUUAAAUACCCAAUUGAUGAUCUUCUAGUGAAGCCUUGUCCAGAUGAUCCAGAUUUUACCAAUCGCCCUUUUCCAACAAGGGAUUUCUGUGUGCCAGUAGAUUCUUUUGGGGACCUUCUCACGAUUUGGGAUUUUUGCUCGUCUUUUAGUAGGUUGCUGCACUUGUGGCCAUUCUCUCUGGAUGAUUUUGAAAAUGCAGUCUGCCAUAAGGAUAGCGACCUGAUUCUUGUUUCAGAAUCACAUUCAGCAAUUCUGCGCUUGCUUAUUAAAGACAAAGGCGACUAUUUUACAGCUACAAAGAAGAAAAGACGGAAAUCGAAGAUAACAUUGAUGAAUUGGACAGAGUAUUUAUGUGACUUCUUAGAGAUGGAAGAUAUACCAGAAUUAUCGAGUCAUAUAGGGACUAUAAAACGGGGGCAUUAUGGUCUUCUGGAUCCUCAUGUUAAGCUGGGAAUCCUCGGUGAGCUGGUCUCUCAGGCCCUUUCAACUGAUGCAAUUAGAGAGCAGUUGGAUGAGUAUAUUGGACAACGACGGGAAUUAGGAGCCAGAAAAAGGGAGAAAGCACUGGAAGAAGCUACGAAGAGAAGAACAGAGCAGCAACAUUUGAAAGAAACAAAGUCUGAAACCGAGGAAGUAAUGCAUGGACAUGAUUUGGAGAAUGGGGGAGGCAAUUCGUACAGUAAUGGGGAUGUUUCUGCUUAUGGAAAUGAGAAUUUUUCAUAUAACGGAAACAAAGGUUCAGCAAAUGGGAGGAGCAAUCACACAGUCACAACCUCAAGGAAUGAGAUCUUGAAUCAGCGGAUGGAUGCUAGAGUCAGCAUGGAGAAUGCAAAGGAGUCAUCUAGCCUGACUGACCACAGAAAGGCUAAGCGAAAGAGGAAGGACAAAGAGAGUGAAACUCAGGAAAAAAAUACUAAAGAACAGAGGAAAGAACAUUUUGAACGGGAGAUAGAGAAGCAAUAUAUAUGCACCAAUCCUCUAGGAAAAGACAGGAACUACAACAGGUAUUGGUUUUUCCAACGUGAUGGGAGGAUCUUUAUUGAGAGUUCCGACUGUAAGCAGUGGGGCUGCUACACCACGAAGGAAGAGCUUGAUGCAUUCAUUGGUUCGCUUAAUCCAAAAGGUGAGAGGGAGAUGGCCCUUCAGAAACAGCUGGAGAAACACUACAGUAGAAUAUCUUCGGCAUUGCAGAAGAGGUCAAAGGACAUUUCUCAGAGGAUUGCAUUGGAGCAGGCUGUGCUUAGGAGGUCAACACGUGUCCAGGCUCAACCGAGGGACUAUCCUGCUGCAGCUUUCCUCAGAUAUGUCAACAAGUGGAAGGAGGAUUAAUGGCUUGAUGGUUGGAAAUGGGACUUGCUUAUGAGGAUUAUUUUGGAUUCCGUGCUCGUCAACAAAAUGUCCACAUGGCUCUGUCACGAGAGUUUUGAGAAUAUUUGCACAUCUUGCUCAUGAGUUUUUGGUUCUAACUUCUAAGUCAUCUAUGACCUAUUCUGGUCGUCCAUCUUGGUAAAUGAGCAUAUGAUUGAAGUUAAUACAGUCCACACAGCAAAAGAAAGUUUUUUGUUUUUUUUUUUUAGGUCCCGAUUUUUUGUUUGCACUACUGCACACAUUAAAACAGAAGCCUGAUCGUGAUGGUGGGGAAAUGGCCAAGCUAUGUUUUUGCGAAUUUGACCAACAUGCCACUGUCAUUGUAAAUGACCUUAUCAUGUAAUUACAUUUACGAUAAUUCGAUUAAUUGGAGGAGGAAUACUUGUAAUUUUUAUUUU